AUGACAGCGAACGAGAAACAAAUAACACGACUGCUCAAACCCCUAAGGCUUUUGUUAUUGGGAGCGCCCGGGUCCGGCAAAGGGACACAGACUUCAAUGCUCUUGAAACAAAUUCCUCAAUUGUCUUCACUUUCGUCUGGUGAUAUUUUACGUCAAGAAAUCAAGUCAGAGUCUACAUUGGGCCGCAAAGCUGCUACUUAUAUUGCUCAGGGGAAGUUACUGCCGGACGACCUCAUAACGCAAUUGAUAACGUUUCGUCUUUCGAAAAUGGGAUGGUUGAAGCCGCCCGCUACAUGGCUACUUGACGGAUUCCCUCGAACCACCGCACAAGCUUCCACUUUGGAUGGCAUUUUGAAGCAACAUAAUACCGACUUGAACCUAGUGGUCGAGCUAGACGUGCCUGAAUCCGCUAUACUCGAAAGAAUUGAGAACAGAUAUGUCCACGUUCCUAGUGGAAGAGUGUACAAUUUACAAUACAAUCCUCCGAAAGUACCAGGCUUAGAUGAUAUUACCGGUGAACCAUUGACCAAGAGACUCGAUGACACCGUGGAAGUGUUCAAGAAAAGACUGGAAGAAUUCAAAAAAACUAACGAGCCCUUAAAAAUGUAUUACAAAAAGAGCGGACUUCUCUGCACUGUAUCAGGGGAAUCUUCAGACAUCAUAUUCCCCAAGUUGUUGAACUUAAUAACCAGCAAAUUUGGCCAAUAG